AUAUGCUAAAAUAUAAAUAUUUCAAAGUCAUACUGAAAUGUAUUAUUCUUUCAUAGGAUGUUCGCCCUCGGUGGAAAAGAAAGUUAAAAUUACAAGAGGGUAAUCAAUCCAAAAUACAGCGUUGUGAAGAAGAUAUGGAAGUUGAUGAAGAUCUAGGAGGUGGAGUACUUGAUGAUUCAUCAGAUUGUGCUGCAGAGUUUAUACCUCCAUUACCAACAGAAGCUCCUCCUCCACCACCACCACCAGAUGAUGCUGUGCCACCUCCACUACCAGAUGAUGAUGUGCCACCCCCACUUCCAGAUGAUGCCCCACCACCAAUACCAUCUGAUGACAGUAAUGAAAUUUUGCUCAAUGUAAAUAAUUUGGACAGCCACGAGUGCUCCAAUGCAUCUGUGACUGGAUCUAGUAUGAAUUCACCUGCACAUCUGCCACAAACAUUGAAGCUCAAGAAUUUUGAUGAACCUUCUUCUGGAACAUCUUCUCCGUCUCUGACUGAACUGGAAGAGAUGAAAAAAAGGCUAGUGUUAGAGUUGGGCUUUUCUUCAUAUGAUACGAAACUGAGCUCGAAGUUAGUUACAGAUAUUAUGAUACCACAAGAUAUUGUAAAAUUAAAAGAGAAUGAAACCCAAGAAUUCCUUGAAUCUGUUGCUACACCAGAAAACAGCAAUGAUAUAUCAAGCUUUAGUGAAUCUAGCUCCAAUUUUGAUAGAAUAGAAACAAAAGUUAGUACUCCAGAAUACUCUUCACCUGAUCAAGGAGAAAAUAAGUCCAAUAAAUCAAAAUUUGUAAUGUUGGGCACUCCUUCCCUUUCAAGACACAGUUCAUAUUCAAAACUACCAGAUUAUGAAAGAUUUUCUGAAAAUGUGUCACCUCAUCUGAGUUUUGAAAAUCUUCCUAAUUCAACUGGUACAUAUGAGAAAAUGAAGUGUGUGUUGAAAAAAGUGAAAGAUAAGUUAAAUUCAUUUAUGCAGACAAAUUAAGUUCAUUUAUGGUGUCACAUUUGUUUUUAAUGGCAUAUAUUAGUAAUGUUUUUAUCUCUAAGUAUAAAAGCAGGGCAGUGUCUUGGCCAUACAUGUUCAUAAACUGUGAGAUUUAACAGAAAAUUUAUUUUAAAAUAACUGUAAAUUAUGUCAGUUGUAGGAUAUUUUAUUUUAUUGCAUAACAAUCAAAUAUACAUGUUAUAUAAGAUAAGCAUUAAAUAUAGAUUGCAACAAAAAAUUCUUUUUUUUAUAUAAACACUUAUCGAGUUUG